AAACAAGAGGAAAUUUCGCAUGGAAAAUGGUUGUCCUUGAACAAAAUAACAUAUAAGGAUCCAACUGGUCAACAGCGGGAAUGGGAAGCAGUGUAUCGAACAACUAAUACAGGCAUUGGAGCAGAUGCUGUUGUUAUUAUCCCGAUCCUCAAAAGAUUGUUGAAGUAUGACUGCGUGAUUCUUGUUAAACAGUAUAGACCUCCAUUAAAAGGUUAUACACUGGAAUUCCCAGCAGGGCUUAUAGAUAAGGCCGAACUACCAGAAGAGACAGCAGUGAGAGAGUUAAAAGAAGAGACUGGCUAUUUUGGUGUUGCUAAACACAGUUCUCCAGUGACUUGUCUUGAUCCUGGGGUUGGGAAUUGUACUGUCAACAUGGUAACUGUUGAGAUUGAUGGGGAUGAUUCUCGGAACAAAUCACCAGAGAGCGUUCCAGAUGAGACGGGUAGGUACCUGUAUUGGAAAUUUUCAGCAUUAAUGAUUACUUAAAACUUACUCUUCGUGAAUAGAUUUUCUUUCGCUUGACCCUUUUAUAUCCUACAAUAUAUUAUGUUAUCUUAAAAUAUGUUACAAUUGAACUUCGAAUUGUGCUAUUGAUAAUUUUCAUAAAUAAUUUGUCCAGUACGUAAACAUUAUGUUAAUAUAUUACUAGUAUUCACUAAUCAAAUCAAAUUUUCUAUGUAUAUUUUCUAUAAUUGUCAAAAAUACAUAUAGCUCAAAUUAUUGCCUUUCAGUAAAUAUCACUUGUACCUGCACUAUUUUAUAGAGUUGAAAUGUUUUUAAAUUUUGAAAAGGUGCAAAUGCGACAUGGUUUGUAAAUUGUAGGAGCUUUAUUACUGAUUUUGAAUAACAAGAUAUGCUAAUAAUUACAUGUACAUAUCUUGGGUUUGCAGGUAGCUACUUGUGUGUGGUAUAUUUAUUUAUUUAUUUGAUUGGUGUUUUAGGCCGUACUCAAGAAUAUUUCACUUAGACUUUUCCCACAUAUGGCCGGAGAAGAAGUCAGCAUGAGCUGGACCUGAACUCACAGCGACCGCAUUGGUGAGAGGCUUCGGGGUCAUUACGCUGCACUAGUGUGCUAACCAACUGAGCCACGGAGGCCCCGUGUAUGGUAUAGCAUUUGAGACAGCAAUAUACAUAUUUAGCCGCAAAAAUGUAGAUAUAUUUAUGAAAACAGUUGAUGAAUAACUGGCUCUAAUCAAGUCGUGUACAUGUAUUUGUAUGUUUUUUUCCCUUCCUUUUUUUCCAGAGUUCAUAGAAGUUUUAAAGGUUCCCUUGGAUAGCUUGUUAGACACUCUAAAUAAAUUUUCCAAAGAAGGUGUUGUGGUGGAUGCCCGGGUUUAUUCCUAUGCAAUUGCUAUGGAGCAAACAAAGAGAAAUAAAGCCUUAGUUUCUUCAGUCUCACAGCAAAAUUUAUUGUCAACUUAAACAGAUCAUAUAACCU